GCGGGUGGGGAGCCGGGCUGGCGAGGGCGUCGAGGCUCCGAAGCCUGUCAGACGAGUUCUGCAGAACCAACCUGCUACACGUGUGCUUUACGCUGUGCGAGCCGAGCCAAGAGAGGUCAAGAGAGGUUUGGGUGCCCGGAGAUCCGGCGGCCCCGCUACCGCACCAGGCAACAUCCUGACCCUCGGUGCUGGAUAAGAAAAUGCACGAGUUAAAGCUUACGUUGUCUGUAUUCAUUUUUUAAAAACUGAGGAGCUGAGUCUCCAGUUCCGCUCUGGGCGGUGAACCUCGAGAUGCGCGCUCCGACGUGGAAGUCAGGAGGCGGUGGUUCCAGCUUCCAGGUGCCAGAUGAUGGAGGAGCGUACCAACUUGAUGCACAUGAUGAAACUCAGCGUCAAAGUCCUGCUCCAGUCUGCCCUGAGCCUGGGCCGCAGUUUGGAUGCAGACCAUGCCCCCUUGCAGCAGUUCUUUGUAGUGAUGGAGCACUGCCUCAAACACGGGCUGAAAGUUAAGAAGAGUUUUAUUGGCCAAAAUAAAUCUUUCUUUGGUCCUUUGGAGCUGGUGGAGAAACUUUGUCCAGAAGCAGCAGAUAUAGCCACUAGUGUCAGAAAUCUGCCAGAAUUAAAGACAGCUGUGGGAAGAGGCAGAGCCUGGCUGUAUCUUGCACUCAUGCAAAAGAAACUGGCAGAUUAUCUGAAAGUGCUCAUAGACAAUAAACAUCUCUUAAGUGAGUUCUAUGAGCCUGAGGCAUUAAUGAUGGAGGAAGAAGGGAUGGUGAUUGUUGGUCUGCUGGUGGGACUUAAUGUUCUUGAUGCCAAUCUCUGCUUAAAAGGAGAAGACUUGGAUUCUCAGGUUGGAGUGAUUGAUUUUUCCCUCUACCUUAAGGAUGUGCAGGAUCUUGAUGGUGGCAAAGAGCAUGAAAGGAUUACUGAUGUCCUUGAUCAGAAAAAUUAUGUGGAAGAACUUAACCGUCACUUAAGCUGCACCGUUGGGGAUCUUCAAAGCAAGAUUGAUGGCUUGGAAAAGACAAAUUCAAAACUUCAAGAAGAGCUUUCAGCUGCAACAGACCGGAUUUGUUCACUUCAAGAAGAGCAGCAACAAUUAAGAGAACAAAAUGAGUUAAUUCGUGAAAGAAGUGAGAAGAGCGUGGAGAUAACAAAGCAAGAUACAAAAGUUGAGCUGGAGACCUACAAGCAAACUCGGCAAGGUCUGGAUGAAAUGUAUAGUGACGUAUGGAAGCAGCUGAAAGAGGAGAAGAAAGUCCGUUUGGAACUGGAAAAAGAACUGGAGUUACAGAUUGGAAUGAAGACAGAAAUGGAAAUUGCCAUGAAGCUGCUAGAAAAGGACACCCACGAGAAACAGGACACCCUGGUUGCCCUCCGCCAGCAGCUGGAAGAAGUCAAAGCCAUUAAUUUACAGAUGUUCCACAAAGUUCAGAAUGCAGAGAGCUGUUUACAGCAGAAGAAUGACGCCAUCACAUCAUUUGAAGAAAAAAACAACCAAGUUAUGUCCAGCAUGAAACAGAUGGAAGAAAGGUUACAGCUCUCAGAAAGGGCACGGCAAGGGGCAGAGGAGCGGAGCCUCAAGGUGCAGCAGGAGCUGGGCGGCCAGACGUGCGCACUGCAGCAGCAGCUCUCGCAGCUGCAUGAGCAGUGCUCGAGUCUAGAGAAAGAGUUGAAAUCAGAAAAAGAGCAGAGACAGGCUCUUCAGCGAGAAUUACAACAGGAGAAAGACACUUCCUCCCUACUCCGAGCCGAGUUACAGCAAGUGGAAGGAUUAAAAAAGGAGCUGCAGGAGCUCCAGGACGAGAAGGCAGACUUGCAGAAGGUUUGUGACGAGCAGGAGCAAGCUCUCCAGGAAAUGGGCCUGCACCUCAGCCAGUCAAAGCUCAAGAUGGAAGACAUCAAGGAAGUAAACAAGGCGCUGAAGGGCCACACGUGGCUGAAGGAUGACGAGGCAACGCACUGUAAGCAGUGUGAGAAGGAGUUCUCCAUCUCCCGGAGAAAGCACCACUGCCGCCACUGUGGCCACAUCUUCUGCAACAUGUGCUCCAGCAACGAGCUGGCCCUGCCCUCCUACCCCAAGCCCGUGCGCGUGUGCGACAGCUGCCACACCCUGCUCCUGCAGCGCUGCUCCUCCACUGGCUCCUAGGCAUAGGGCCUCCGCAGGGCCUGUCUCGGUGCCAGGGCAACCCUGGAACAGUGCCAAACCUCGGUCUCAGGGGCUGAUGCGGGGGGGUGGGGAGGGGCAGGGAAGCGUUUCCUGAGGGUAUCAGAGGCAAGACUCUGAUCCCCAUUGGGUCUGCGGGCGCUCCAGAACCAUGUUCCAGCCUGGGAGGUACGCACUUUUCCAUGCUGUCUGGAAUUAACCCAUGGGGACAGACACUCUACCUUCUCACUUGGCUACAUCGCCGGCUUUGGCUCAGAUGAUAAUUUCAUGAUUUUUGCUACUGUCAUUUUUCACUUUUCAAAAAAUUAACCAGUUUUUCAGCAGCUAUAUAUUAGUGUAGUGAGCAAUCCAGUUCCUCUCCUCCUACCCCCAACCCUGCACUGUGCCUUCCCUGCUUCAGAGAUUUGCCAUGUCACACCCUUAUAGGUCUCUGGGCCUACAAUAAAAUCCUUUAUUUUUCAUUCUGGUGCA